AUACGAAAUCACUACUUACCUUCUAAAGUGAGCAAAACGACCGCAGCCACCGACCCCAUAAACCCAUUCGUUUCCUUUCUUUUUGGUGAAAACCCAUACACUCACUCCCCCCCCAAAACAUCCAUGGCAGCCUCAAUUUCGGCGUCUCCAAACCCUAGCUUCACAUACUCACAACAUAAGCUUUCUAACUCUCUCUCUCCCACUCAGUCCCUUAAAUUCCCUACCAUUUCUUCGAACCCGAUCAAAUCUCUAUCAUCCCACCAUCUCCAACCACCUCAAGGCGCCACCGCUCGAACUGUCUCACGCGCCACCGCCGCACCCUCCUCCUCCUCCACCGGCUCGCCGACCACAUUCCACGGACUCUGCUACGUCGUCGGCGAUAACAUCGAUACCGACCAGAUCAUCCCGGCCGAGUACCUAACCCUCGUGCCUUCCAACCCCUCGGAGUACGAGAAGCUUGGUUCCUACGCGCUUUGCGGUCUCCCAGCCACCUAUUCUACGCGAUUCGUGGAGAGCAACGAGGCCAAGUCCAAGUACUCUAUAGUCAUCGGCGGCGCGAACUUCGGAUGCGGGUCGUCUAGGGAACACGCUCCGGUGGCUCUGGGUGCGGCGGGGACGGCGGCGGUGGUGGCUGAGUCUUAUGCGAGGAUAUUUUUCAGGAACUCGGUGGCUACAGGGGAGGUGUACCCGUUUGAAUCAGAGGUGAGGAUUUGCGAUGAGUGUAGGACUGGGGACGUGAUCACGAUCGAGCUCGGAGAGAGCCGGUUGAUCAACCAUACUACUGGGAAAGAGUACAAAUUGAAGUCCAUUGGGGAUGCUGGGCCUGUAAUUGAGGCCGGUGGGAUUUUCGCCUAUGCCAGAAAGACCGGGAUGAUUCCUUCUGCUUAGAGUUCUGGGUUUUUCUCGAUGGUGUAAAUUGCAGGGGACGAUCUUUAUUCCAUGGUAGCAAGAAACUUUCAAUAUCUGUACCUCCAUAAUUUCUCAAUAACAAAAACUGUUUGAACCUGCUUUGUUCAUGAAAUGUCCUGUAUCUCGUGGUUUUAUUGUGUUUACUUUAAAACUUUUAGUUAGUUUUUGUUGUAAUUGGUUAAGUUAUGGAUAACAAAAAGUGGAUUUUGAGACAGUUAUGAAAGCGUUUACUUUGCAUGAA